AUGGUGCUGCAAAUCAUUCUUCGCUAUCUGGCAAACAACGAGCAACUCAUCCAACGUUUGGCCGAUUCCUACCCAUUACGCAGAGCUGCACAGAUGGUGCUGAGUGCUUACUAUCGCACCCGUUCCGUCGCCGAACAGCAAAAACUAAUUGGUAUGACACCGGAACGACUGCAGCAAGCGCUACGAAGCUUCAAAUCGAACGUGCAGAAAGAGAUCGAAAAUGCCAAGAAUGAUUUGAGCAAAAAGAAGUGAAAGGUUUUGCGGAUAUUUGCUGGAACAGGACGAGAGAAAGUUGUGUAAACUGUGCCGUGCUUCAAUGUAAUUAAAAUUUAUUUGUAUUUUGAAAAA